CAUGCCUUGUCCCACAGCCAUGAGGACCAAGAAAACCAAAGCUGUUGGAAUUCCCACCAUAGAUCUCUCCCAAAGCAGAGCAAUAACUUCCAAAUCCAUUGUUGAGGCUUGCCAAGACUUUGGCUUCUUUAAGCUCAUCAACCAUGGAGUCUCUGAUGAUGCCAUUGCUCAGCUUGAAAGCCAAGGAUUUGAUUUCUUUGAAAAAACCGCCCUCGAGAAGCACUGCGCCGGUCCCGCCAACCCGUUCGGCUAUGGCUGCAAAUCCAUCGGCCCCAAUGGCGACAUGGGCGACCUCGAGUACCUUCUUCUUCGCUCCGACCCUUCUUCCAUUCUCCAAUGCUCCCCUUCUAUCUCUAACCACCCUCUUACUUUCAGCCAUGUCGUGAAUGAGUAUGUUAAAAGCGUGAGAGAUUUAGGAUGCGAAAUUCUUGAUUUGGUGACUGAAGGUCUAUGGUUACCAAACAAGUCUGUAUUCAGUAAUCUCAUCAGAGACGUCCAUAAUGAUUCAGUUUUGAGGAUUAAUUACUAUCCUGGUGUCAAGCACACUGAAAAUUGGGAUCUUUCACCAAAAUCCUGCCUUUCAAAUAAUAGAAUUGGAUUUGGGGAGCAUUCUGAUCCUCAGAUCUUGACCAUCUUGAGAUCCAACGAUGUCAAUGGCCUCCAAAUCUCCUUGCAGGAUGGGAUUUGGGCGCCUGUUUGCCCUGACCCAUCUGCAUUCUAUGUCUUGAUUGGUGAUGCUUUUCAGGCAAUGACAAAUGGGAGAUUUGUAAGUGUGAGACAUAGAGCAAUGGCAAACAACUCAAAGAAUGCAAGAAUGUCAAUCAUGUACUUUGGGGCACCACCAUUGAAUGCUUGGAUUGCACCUCUAUCAGAGAUGAUGCUACCAAAUGAACAAUCUUUAUAUAAGCCUUUCACUUGGGCUCAAUACAAGAAAGCUGCUUAUUCUCUUAGAUUAGCUGAUUCUCGUCUCGAUCUCUUCAAAACUUCGUAA